UGUUGGACCGGUGAUGGAGGAGAAUGAUGAAGAAACCUACGACCAGACUGAGGCUCUGCUUUCCUCUGAUGUGCAGAGAAGAGGAGACUCACAGCUCGGUUUUAAGCUUUAUAAGAGGAGGUGGUUUGUGCUGCUGGUGCUCUGCUUGUUGAACUGCUCCAACGCGACGAUAUGGCUGACCUUUGCCCCAGUAGCAGACCAGUCAGCAGAGUACCUGCAGGUCUCACUGGAGGAGAUCAACUGGUUGUCACUGGUCUACAUGGUGGUGGCCAUACCGCUCAGCUUCGGGACCACGUGGAUGCUGGACACCGUCGGGCUGCGUGCCACGAUGAUUUUGGGGGCCUGGUUGAACAUGGUAGGAGCCGUGCUGCGCUACGUCGGGACCCUGCUGGACCCUUCAGUCCAGUUCCCUUUAGUGAUGUUGGGUCAGACCUUCGGUGCGCUGGCUCAGCCCCUCAUCAUCUUUACACCCACCAAACUGGCGGCUCUGUGGUUCCCCGACCAUCAGAGAGCCACCGCCAACACCAUCGCCUCCAUGUCCAAUCCCCUGGGUGUUCUCCUCGCUAACAUCAUCUCACCCACGAUGGCAGAAGAAUCGAAACAGAUCCCCGCCUUGCUGCUUGCAUAUGCAGUCCCCGCAUGCAUCGUCUGUUUCCUAGCAACAGUCGGGAUAAGGAGCAGCGCCCCCGCCACGCCGCCGUCGGCCAGCGCUGAGCUCUCCGGCACCGAGCCCUUCGUACAGGGGAUCAAACUGCUACUGAUGAACAAAGCGUACCUGGUGCUGCUGCUGUGCUUCGGCUCGGGCAUCGCUGUGUUCACCUGCUUCUCCACACUGCUGGAGCAGAUCCUGUGUGUGCAGGGUUACACCAACGACUUUGCCGGUUUGUGCGGCGCUCUCUUCAUCGUGUUUGGCAUCGUUGGCGCCGGCGCGCUCGGACUCUACGUCGACAAAACCAAGAAGUUCACCGAAGCCACGAAAAUCAACAUGAGCUUCACCGCUGUGGCCUGCGUCGCCUUCUCAGUGGUGUGUCUGUUGCGGGAGCAGAAAGCCGCCGUGGCCGUCGUCUGCUCUUUCUUUGGCUUUUUCGGUUUCUCCAUUUACCCGGUUGCCAUGGAGCUGUCCGUCGAGUGUUCGUACCCGGUCGGAGAGGCGACGUCGGCCGGACUCAUCUUCGUAUCGGGACAGAUCCAGUCUGUCCUCUACAUAAUCCUCCUUCAGGCUUUGACCACACCGAUCGCUGACUCUCCGCUGUCGACGUGCGGCGCUGCGGUGCUGAGCUGGAAGGUGCCCAUGAUGGUGAUGGGCGGCCUGUGCACCGUCUUCACCUGCAUCUUUGUUAUUUUCUUCCGCACGCGUUACAGACGACUGGAGGCCGAAGAAGCAGCCGCCUACAGGACCAAACGGAGCUACGGCUCAACCAACACUGAGCACGCUCCGAGUGUGGACACGUGAACCUUUCUCACAGUCUCAAAACGAGACGGACUAUAGUUUAUUUCUCGUGUACAAAACAGGGAUAAAAAGAGGUUUAUUUAAGUUUUUUUAAGCUCUGAUUCA